AUGGUGGAGAAGGUAUGUCUCACGAUUGCGGGAAGCGACAGCGGCGGCGGUGCGGGGAUUCAAGGCGAUCUAAAGACGUUUGAGGCGCUGGGUGUGUUCGGGGCGUCGGUGGUGACGGCGGUAACAGCGCAGAACACGGAGGGCGUGAGUGACGUGCACUGCGUGCCGGCUGCGUCGGUGCGGAAGCAGCUGGAGGCGGUCGUGUCGGAUCUGCGGCCAGCGGCGAUCAAGGUGGGGAUGUUGCCGGACCGUGAGGUGGCAGAGGCCGUGGUGGCCUUUUUUGGCGUGAAGGCGGCGGAGGGGGCGCUGCCUCCAAUCAUACUCGACCCGGUCCUGGUCGCGACCUGCGGCGACCGCCUCAGUGCCGUGACCGGGGCCACAUUUGCCGAGCUGGCACCGUUCGUCACCCUCCUCACGCCCAACAUUCCCGAGGCCCUCGUCCUCUCCGGGUUGACUCCGGACCCUGCGUCUAACCCCCGUGCUGUUGACUCAGAGCCGGCGUUGGCUGUUGACCCGGCGUUGGUGGUCGAUUCGGCGUUGGUAGACGAGAUGGGGCGUCGGUUGUGUGGUGUGUGGCAGGCAGUGUUGAUGAAGGGUGGUCACUGGGAGAAUGGGGAUGCGGUGGAGGACCGAUUGUACGUGGGUGGUGUGAUGGCUGCGUCUUGGCGAAGUCCGAAGUUGCGUACACGAUGCACGCAUGGGACAGGUUGUGCGCUGUCUUCGGCGGUGGCGGCGAAACUAGCGUCCGGGUGGGAGUUGGAGGCGAGUGUGGCGGCGGCGCGGCGGUACGUGUAUGGCGCGAUUGCCCACGGGUUGCAAAGACUGGGUGGCGGGCAACAGGGUGUGUUGGCGCACUCGUGGAACCGACUGGAGCGGGCGGUGCCGCGGCCGACCCCGGCGGAGUUGGCGCCCUUUACGGCGUUGGCGGUUGCACAUGCUGGCGAGAUUUGGACGGGAUACGUCGACCACCCCGUCUGCCGCGCGAUUGCAGAUGGAAACGUUUGUCACCGCCGCUUUCGCCGCUACCUCGUUCAAGACCUCGCCUAUCUCGGCCACUACCUCCGGGCGCACGCGCUGCUUCUCUACAAGCAACGCAAACCCACACCCCAGUCACUCGCCGGCCCGCUACGGAACAUCGCUGCAAUACUCAGUGAAAUUAGACAACACCGCGACCGCCUUCGCCAAGGCGCCAAGGAGAACAAGGAAAACGACUACGAGAAUGAAGAGGAGGAGGACCAAGAGAACAAAGGGGAGGACGAGUGGGAGUCGGAGUCGUUGGUGACUACUGCGUACUCGCGGUACUUGCUGGACGUGGCUGCGACAGGGAGCGAGUUGGAGUUGCGGGUAGCGAUGUAUUCGUGUUUGUACGGCUACGGCGUGAUGGGCAAGCACAUGUUCGAACGCGCCACGAGUCAGCGCACACUCGGUACGGACAUCGUGGACCAGUGGCUGGCGACAUACAGCGGCUGCGAGUACUGGGAGGCCGUACUGGCCGCGCAGCGUGAGCUCGAGGCCCUGAUCCAAGCCAGUCCCCCGAGUCCACGGGACCUGGCCCAGCUCCUGCAGAUCUUCAAACAAACGACCAAAUACGAAAUCGAAUUUUUCAACCAAGCGGCAUAA